AGCCCCGGCGCCGGAGCAAUCCUUCGGUUCUGUUUAAUGAUUUCAAUCAUACACGCAGAAACCCACGUCCGCGAUUUCACGUAUAAACCCUAGUACGAUUUCAGACUAUUUCACGCAUAGACUCACUGAUUUUUGGAGUCACCAAGGUUUGAAAUAAACCUUUACACCAUUCAGGAGCACAAUUUCAAAAAACAUUUUUAGUUUCAGAAACGAUUUCUGCUAGACCGCUACAUUACAGAAACUCCAAACAGAAACUUCAAAUUGAAACUUCCAGAAACUUCAAAAAGGUUGGUAUUGCUCGUUUGGCCGGGGCUGAUUCCUCUAUCCGAGAAGUGUUUUUUGGUUGUUGCUGAUGAUUAAUGCUUUAUUUCUUUUCUUUUUUUACAUAGAUAUUAGUUUACUUGGUGCCAUUUAUAUGUUCCCCAAAGUAUUUUCUGGCAUAUCCUUCAAAGGGAUCUCAUGAUCAAGUGAUGAAAAUUGCUGUCAAGCCCAAAUACCUUCCUUCGUUUCUCAAAUCAUCUGCAACUCGAAAAAACUACACUGCAACUCUUUCCCCUCUUCCACAUGGCCACCUAUCCUCAAACAAUAGCACGACCACCAAAACCCCCGCCGAUUACGAACACACCCUUGUUGCAGCAUUGAAAUCGUGUUCUUCCCUUUCUGCUCCGCUCCUACAAGGCCAGCGUCUCCAUGGUCAUAUCCUCAAGUAUGGACAUGACUCGAAUAUCUUUAUUCGUAAUAGCUUGAUCAGUUUGUAUGCCAAGUUUGGUGCUAUGACUGAUGCAGAAUCCAUUUUUGUUUCUGGGUCCCAAUCGGAUCGUGUUUCUUGUAACAUUAUGCUUGCUGGUUAUGUGAAGCUUGGUCGUUUGAAUGAUGCCUGCCAACUGUUUGAUAAAAUGCCUGGGAAGAACAACAUUACUUUUACCACAAUGAUAAUGGGGUUGGCUCAAAAUGGGUUUUGGUAUGAAGCAAUCCAGGUUUUUCAGGAAAUGAGGUCGUUGGGUUUGGUUCCCAAUGAAGUAACAAUGUCGAGUCUUCUGUCCUCCUAUUCACAUGUUUCUGGGGUUAGAAAUGGUCAAAUGCUUCACGCAUUGGUUGUUAAAUCUGGCCUUGAAGAUUUUAAUCUUGUUUUAACUAAUUUGGUUCACGUGUAUUGCACUUGUUUCUGUUUGGGCGAGGCAAGAACUUUGUUUGAUGGGAUGUCAGAGAGGAAUAUAGUUUCAUGGAAUGUUAUGUUGAAUGGUUACUCAAAAGCUAGAUUAGCUCGGUUAGCCAGAGACCUGUUUGAUAAAAUGCCUGUAAGAGAUGUGGUUUCUUGGGGCACGAUGAUUGAAUGUAUUUUACAGGUAGAAAAUUUGUGUGAGGCUUUGAGAUUAUAUCGUGCAAUGGUAAGCAGUGGGAUAUGUCCUAAUGAUGUCAUGGUGGUAGAUAUAAUUUCAGCAUGUGGCCAAGUAAUGGCAUUUUCUGAAGGUCAGCAGUUUCAUGGUCUAACUGUAAAAUCCGGAUUUGAUUGCUAUGACUUUAUUCAGUCGACAAUCAUCCACUUUUAUGCCGCUUGCCACCAUAUCAACCUUGCCCGAACUCAGUUUGAGCUAGGAAGCAAGAACCAUCUGUCUUCUUGGAACGCUCUAAUAUCAGGAUUAGUAAGAAAUGGAAUGAUGGAAUCAGCAAGAGAACUAUUCGACAAGAUGCCCACUAGAGAUGUUUUUUCGUGGAGCUCAAUGAUAUCUGGGUAUUCACAAACAGAGCAGCCGGAUAGGGCUGUACAACUUUUCCAUGAGAUGUUAGAUAGUGGUAUUAAACCAAACGAAGUAACAAUGGUUAGUAUGGUCUCUGCUGUUGCUACUUUGGGCAGGUUGCAAGAAGGAAGAUGGGCUCACAGGUAUAUAAUCAAUAACUCAAUCCCUGUAAAUGACAAUCUAAGUGCAGCCAUCAUUGACAUGUAUGCCAAAUGUGGGAGCAUAAAGAAUGCGUUACAGGUCUUUAAUGAGGUCAGAAACAAGGUGUUGACCAUCUCACCUUGGAAUGCCAUUAUAUGUGGUUUGGCCAUGAAUGGUCACGCAAGGUUGUCUCUUGCAAUCUUUUCUGACUUGGAGAAAAGCAGGAUAGAGGUGAAUUCAAUCACAUUUAUUGGAGUACUAAGUGCGUGUUGCCACGCUGGUUUGGUAGAAGAAGGUAGGAGACAUUUCAAAAGCAUGAAAAAUGUGUACAAUAUAGAACCAAGCGUGAAGCAUUACGGUUGUAUGGUGGAUCUUUUGGGUAGAGCAGGGAGAUUAGAAGAAGCAGACGAAGUGAUAAAGAGCAUGCCUAUGGAGGCAGAUGUUGUGAUAUGGGGCACAUUGCUAGCAGCAUCUAGAAACUAUGGUAACGUCGAAAUGGGAGAACUGGCAGCCAAAAGUUUGUCAAAGGCAGAUCCAUCACAUGGUCCUGCAAGAAUUCUUCUGUCCAGUCUUUAUAUUGAUGCAGGACGAUUGGACGAUGCUGCUUUUGUAAGACGAGAAAUGAAAAGUCAAAGAUUAACAAGGUCACCUGGUUACAGUGGCGUGAUAUGAUCCAUUUAUUGUUGGAAAAAAAA